AUGUUCAUCGCGCGAUCAGAAUAUGACCGUGGAAUCAACACCUUCUCUCCGGAAGGCCGUUUAUUCCAGGUCGAAUACUCUCUCGAAGCUAUCAAACUUGGUUCGACAGCAAUCGGUGUCGCAACAUCGGAGGGCGUUAUCUUGGGUGUUGAGAAGCGGGUCACAUCCACUCUGCUCGAGGCAUCGUCCGUCGAAAAGAUUGUUAUGAUAGACCAGCAUAUUGGUUGCGCUAUGUCCGGUUUGCAGGCAGAUGCCCGGAACUUGGUUGAGCACGCCCGCGUUGAAAGCCAGAACCACGCCUUCCACUACGCCGAGCCUCUGCGGGUAGAGAGCUGCACCCAGGCCAUUUGUGAUCUCGCCCUCCGGUUCGGAGAGACUGGUGAUGAUGAGGAAUCUGUGAUGAGUAGACCCUUUGGUGUUGCUUUGUUAAUUGCCGGUUACGAUGAGGAUGGGCCACAGCUAUAUCACGCCGAGCCAUCGGGUACAUUCUACAAAUACGAUGCUAAGGCCAUCGGUUCCGGAAGCGAGGGUGCGCAGGCGGAGUUGCAGAACGAAUACCACCGUUCUUUGACACUGCCGGAGGCUGAGACUUUGGUCUUGAAGACCUUGAAGCAGGUUAUGGAAGAGAAGCUGGAUGCAAAGAACGUUCAGCUCGCUAGUGUCACAAAGGACCAGGGAUUCCGUAUCUACAAUGAUGAAGAUAUGGGCAAGGCUGUGGCGCAAUUGGACAGCAAUCAAUAA